CACCGGGGACACCGGGGACACCGGGGCCGCUGGACACGGGGUGGCCGGGCAGGGAUGGCCACCAGGAACCACCAGGGAGCACGGCGGGGGACAGCGGGGCACCCAAGGGUCCAACAUUCAUGGAACCAACUCCCCGAGCAGAGAAUCAAACGCAGAAAGAAACAACAAGGCUUUGGCAGUGAUUAAAUUAAUUUCAAGCUGGAUUGGGAAGGUCUGGCAGUGCUUGGGAGACUGUGGAAGGUCGUUGUGGCUGGAGCUGGAGCAUCCUCAAAAAUCCACCUCACCUCUGGGCAGCAGUGGAAAACAUGGAUCUGCCCUGGCAGAUUCCCACUGUUCUUCCCUGGGAUCUGCCGAUGGAGCUACUCCCCCUCUCUGCUGUUCCACUACCAGCUCUCCCAAGUUUCCCUGGAGAAAGAAACCAGGAUGCUCCAUAAGCAAAGGAUCUGUGCCCAGGACACCUGAUGGAGCACCGUGGAUGGGCUUUUUCUGGCAUGAAGCAACCAAAAUUUUAUGACCCAGAGGGAUCCUCGAGUGCUUGAGGGAUCCCCACGGAAGGCCGAGCCAUGCAAGGAGCCAGCACAGCCCAAAGGAAAGCAGGACCCGGUGGUGCCACGGGAGGGACGGGACAUGCGGAGCCUCAGCUGCCUCCUCCUCCUCCUCUGGGGACUCCUCCUCUUCCUCAGCACCACCAGCACGGAGGGCUUUGCCCAGGCAGGCCGCAGGGUGUGCGCCGCGGGGCCCAGCGGCCGGAGCGCCCCGGCAGAGUCCCACGUGCAGCCCGAGUACCAACCCUACCUCACCACCUGCCAGGGCCACCGCCUCUGCAGCACCUACAGGACCAUCUACAGGGUUGUCUACAGGCAGAGGCACCGGCAGCUGCCCGAGCCCACGGCCUCGUGCUGUCCUGGCUGGAGCAGAGCAAGCGGCCACACGCUGGGCUGUAACAGAGCUCUCUGCUGGGAGCCGUGCCAGAACGGUGGGAGCUGCACCUUCCCCGGGAGAUGCUCCUGUCCCCCCGGCUGGACGGGGCGAGCCUGCCAGACAGACGUGGAUGAAUGUGCCAGCCAGAGCCACGGGUGCAGCCAGCUCUGCAUCAACACAGCCGGGAGCUUCCACUGCGCCUGCCGGGACGGCUUCAGCCUCGCUGCCGAUGGCAAGGGCUGCCAGCCCCUGCUGCCAGCACCCGGGACUGACACCUCCAGCCAAGCAGGUCCCUCCAGUGAAAUGAAGGAAGAAAUGAAGGACCUGAGGAGCAGAGUGGAAGCGCUGGAGCAGAAGCUCCAGCUGGUGCUGGCCCCCUUCCACAACGUGAUGCCGCCAGAGGAUGUCGGUACAGACCCCAUCAGCCGCCUGUCCCACUCCCUCCAGCAGCUGGACAGGAUUGACUCCCUGAGCGAGCAGAUCUCCUUCCUGGAGGAGAGGCUGGAGACCUGUUCCUGCAAGAAUGAACUCUAGCAGAAGGCCUGGGGACCUGGAGCAAGCUGAGUGCAUCCCAGCUCUCAUCUCCCUCUCCAGCCCCAGGCUGGGGAUGAAGGCACACCACCUACAGGGAGGCACAGGGUAGCAGAAGGCUGGGCUCCCAUCAGCAUCCCCAUCGUUCUCUCUUCCAGCUCACCUCACCAAAGGUCACGCAGUUCCUUGCAAACUGGACUCUGAGUCCUCUCCCUGCUGGAGAGGCAGCAAAUAAAUGCCUUACCUCGUGCCACGAGUGCCUGGCUGUGCCAGACUGGCUGAGUGUGAA